UUUGCCAGACGUACCUCGAAAUUUGCGCCAAGAGACAGAGACUGAAGAUGAUCCAUGGAAGGGUGUGCGUCAAAAAGGGGGAGUGUACGGAAAGGGUUCUGAUGCACAGGUUCACGCGUCAGCGAAACACACCGAUUCUGAAUCAGAAUGCAGUCAUGAACCCUUUAACGUCUCUCUCUGCAGUGAAAGGUCACCUGGAAAGCUAAGGGAAGACAUGAACCAAGAAUCCGUGGCAUCUUAUCUCAUCGAUGCCUGUCACGAGCGGAAAGCCUUGGGAGUGCCUCACGAAGUGAAUGCGUUGUGCAAUGUGCCACCAUGUCUUUCGCUCAGACCAGACAAACACCAGCCGCCCAACAACAUCCCAAUAUUGCCGGACAAUUACGGAUCGAAAUAUGUGCCAGUUCAACCCUCUGACGAUGAACUGUACGCUGCAUACAUGACUGAUGUGGAGCACUUGCAAGAGAGUCUAACAAAGCAGAUGCAGGAGAACAACGAAAUCCUGGAAAGAAAUGGUGCAAUAACAGCGUGGCAGAACCGCUCAGCAGACAGCCCUGGCAGGGCAGGCUCCGCUGAGCUAUCUAUCGACUCACCUGCGGCUGACACAGACCGCGUCCCAAUGACACCGACACUCGAGCACGGCAGACGCAGUCCCGACACUGAGGCCGACACCCCUGCGGCCGUGCGCGAGGCGUCGAGCAAGAGCGGGCGGCGCGCUGUCGACGACGAAAGCAGGCUGGUGUCGAUAGACACCGUGUACUUUGUGCCCGGCACGCCGCCGCCGGUCGGCAGGACGCCGGUGCUGCUUAGCUGCGUCCCCCGAGAUUCGGAUCUCCCUCGAGAUCCGGAUCUCGGUGAGCCGGUCGCGCCCACCGCUCGAAGUCCCGGCGAAGCGGCCACGACUGCUAGUCCGGACCGGGGCGAGUCGUUCGCUUCCGCCGCCCUGGCCACGGGAGAGGGGGUGUGCUCACCAGCGCAGGCAGGACUGGACUUGCGCGAGUUAAGUGACGCCGUUUUUCCACGCGAGGGCGCAGCCGUGGAGAAUAGAGCUAUCGCUCGCCCAAAAAGAGCCAGUGAUGCCCGAAUGGACACCAUGUGGGCAUGGGAGGUCACGAAAAGUGGAACCCUGCCGACUGAGAACGGCAGGGACAGCCUUCGCGGUGUGAAGUGUGUCAGCACCGGCGGACGAAAUCCUGACGCCAGGAGCCGGCUCCUGAUGCCGCCAGCUUCACCGGACGGAUACGUGGCUCAACUCAUCAGUAGACACUCCCAGGGUGGAGUGGACGACAGUGCUGUCAUGCCAAAGGAGACCAUGUGGCAGACCCUUUUUCCUCCCACGGAAAUCUGCCUCGAAGAACGCAAGAAGAUGUUGGAGAUAGGAAAAACCUCGGACAUGAAACCAAAGGCCCAGCCUGUGGUGCGCGUUCACGACGAGGGCCGCGUGGUUCGUCUACGGCGAAUGUACGAGCAGCUGAGCGAGUCGGCGAGGCGAGCGAGCGAGCACCGGUCAGAUGGCUCGCUGUUCGACUCGCGCGGCUCCUCGCGCAGCAUGGUGGACCUGGCCGAGCCUCAACGCCGAGCCCAGGGCGAGUUGAACGCCUCGCUGUUCGGCACCAGAGAGAAGAGCAGGAGCUCCGCCGAGCUGGCGCGCCCCCUAGCAGCGGCACGGACGCCUGCUCCGCUGGAGCCGCCGGCGGAGGAGGAGCACGGGGCGGACGAGCAGGACCGCGCGGUGGCAGCAGCGGCGCGGCGGCAGGCCGUGGACCGCAGCCUCUCUUGCUCAGACGCCGGCCGGCCGGUUCGCGUCGGCCGUUUGCUCUCCUGCUGGGAGCUGUCGAACCUCUCCACGGACGCCAAUCACGCACGCUUCGAGGCCAUCCAGCGCUUCUUCGAGGGUCUGCGCGAGGGCCGGAUCUGCAGCGGCGGCGGCGGCCCCGCGCCGGCCUCGCCGCUGCGCGUCAUGGACGAGUACCCGUACCUGCCUCAGCGCCGCUCGCGGCCGCGGCUACUCGCGCGCGGCCUGAUCCCACGCGACGAGAUGCUCCGCCAGGGCUGUGAUCGAGUCGUCGUGUUCGGGACGGGCCUCUUCCACGGCCGCGUCGACAUCGUCAACAGAUUUCAGAUGUCGACCGUGGUAGCAGUGCUGAGCCAAUGGGGAUGGAGACUGCUCCGACACUGUCUCGUCGUGACUCGGUGGACCACCGGCACUCUGAGUCGGGGGCUCCACAUCCUGCUCCUGUACUUCAGACCCAACAAGCUGGCCGCACUGCCGGCGCCCGACCGCGAUGAGCUUCUGGACUGGGUGAACCAGCAGCUGCCGGCGCGGCCCGUGGCCAACUUCGGCACCGACUGGAGCGACGGGCUGGUGCUGGCCGACCAGCUCAGCGGCGACAACCCCGUGCACAAUAUUGCCACGGCGCUGCGACGUGCCCGGGACCUGCUCAAGGUCGAGCCGACACUGUCGGUGAUGGACGUGAUCUGGGCGACGGACGAAGCGCAGCUGAUGUGCUACCUCGCCCGGCUGCGCGAGUCGGCCGGCCGGCUGAAGCGGCGCUUCACGCUGGUGAAGACGGCCUCCUUCAUGGCGGACGAGCCGCCGCCGCCGCCGCCGACCGAGUGCACGGCCUCGGGGCGCGGUCUCUCUCGCGCCGAGUGCGGCUGCCUGGCCGACUUCAUGGUGCGGUUCGGACGCGCCAGUCGGCUGGAUCUGCUGCUGGAGCUGCGCUCGGACGCCGGCGACUUCUUCACGCAGAGGAUCACGGCCCGCUCGCCGCCGCGCCUGCGCGUGAAGGACAGCCUACGGGCGCCAGCCGGCGGCCUGGUGCAACGUAACAUCCCUCUGGGGUACUAUGUGGCCGGCAGGAGCGUGGCGGUAACGUACCGACCGCCGUCAGCCGGCAGGCUCAGCAUCAGCCUCGUCUGGCACGGCCACCACCUGCCCGGCAGCCCCUUUAUGGUGGACGUGGCGGCGGGGGAGGCGGAGGAGGCGCCAGCGGGGGCGGAGGUGGCUUCAAAGUACAGCGGUCAGUACACCAAGCUACAGACGCCCCUGGAGGCCAAGCACGGGCUUCACGACACUCAGGCGCGCACCAAGGUAUACCUGGGCGCGGCGGCGACGCGCGUGCGUCAGCCGGCCGCCGUGUGGGCCCGGCUGCUUCCGUCCGUCGCCUUCGAGCCGGGCCUGCCGACGCCCGUCGGAUCCGACGGCGAUGAGCGCUCGGCCGCGGGAGAGCGCAGAGAGCGUGCCCUUGUGCCGUGCUGA